AUGGACAAUUGGACCCGCGUCUCUGAAUUCAUCCUCCUUGGCCUCUCUGAGCAGCCCCAGCAGCAGGAGUUGCUCUUUGGGCUGUCCUGCAGCCUGUAUCUGAUCGGGUGUCUGGGGAACGUGCUCACUCUCCUGGCCAUUGUCUCAGACCCUCACCUCCACAGCCCCAUGUACUUCUUUCUCUGCAACUUGUCUCUUCUUGACAUCUGCUUUACCUCCACGACCAUCCCCAAGAUGCUGCUGAACCACCUGAGUGGGCACACCACCAUCUCCUCCUCCGCAUGCCUGGCCCAGAUGUAUUUCUUCAUCGCGUUUGGGGCGGCCGACAGCAUCCUUCUCUCAGCCAUGGCUUACGACCGCUACCUGGCCAUCUGCUGCCCUCUGCAGUACAUGACAAUCAUGAGCGUCCUUCGAUGUGCCUCGCUGGUGGUGGUACCCUGGGUCUUGUCCAACCUCAUCUCCAUGGUCCACACUAUUCUGAUGACCCACUUGUCCUUUUGCACCAAUAGGAUCCCACACUUCUUCUGCGACCUCAAUGCCUUGAUCAAGCUCUCCUGCUCUGACACACAAGUCAACAAGAUGCUGGUGUGCCCUCAGUCCGGGGGAAGUGGAAAGCAUUCUCUACCUGUGUCUCUCACCUUUGCGUCGUCUUCUCUCUACGGGACUAUCAUUGGGGUCUACUUCAACCCCACAUCCACACACACCACCCAGAGAGACAUGGCGGCCACCGUGAUGUACACCAUGGUGGCUCCUGUGCUGAACCCCUUCAUCUACAGCCUGCGGAACCGAGAUCUGAAGAGCGCCCUCAGGAAACUUCUCAGCGAGAACCACUUUGUCAAACCUCUUUGA